CAACCGCUGUUUCCACGGCCUGCUACGUGUCUCUCUAACUCAGUCCUACACUCACUCUCGAGGUCUGGAAAAAAGCUAUCUUCCAACACACUGCAUGCGAUUGCCUAGCUUUAGAUAUGCCCCUCUCGAGCAUUCCUCAGGAGCUAUUGGACAACAUAUUUGAGCAGCUUUCGCCGUACAGAUGCUCCAAAGUGAUUGUAGAGCCGGACAGUUUGACCUCCCAGAAGGCCCUUGCUAGAUGCACACGCGUGUGUCGCGCUCUACACGAGCCGGCUGCGAGAGUCCUUUGGAGACAACAGCAUCUGAAUUACGUCCUUCGUGCAAUCCUGUCGAACGACAGUGCUGUCGGACGGCCUGGCGGAUUGGUCGAUGUCGAUAAACUCAGUGCGCAUGGAACGACAGGAGCUCGCUCGCAUAAUCGUCCCUUUGGCUACAUAUUCUUAACGCGGCCCCUCACUGCGCACGAAUGGUCGCGAUUCGAACAUUACGCCCGAUUUGUCCGCGUCCUUUACUACUUGUCCACGGACACGAUCGAUCCCUCUGUCUUCUUUAUCCUCCAGCAGCAAGCACGAGGCAGGCCGCUCUUCCCCAAUAUCCGGGAGUUACAAUGGUUGCAUGCGACGCCCGAGUUGCUGUGCAUAGUCACGCCUGCUGUUUGCAUUCUGCGCCUUCCGAAAGACUACGGUCCAGCGCAUAGGAGUGAUCUGGAAGCAUCUGGGGGCCGCAUGCCGCGGCGCGCAUUCCAGCAAAUCCUUCCUCACGUACUGCAUUGCCUCCCAGGACUCCAGGAACUCGAGCUUCCACCAGUCGCCCAUGAGGCCUUUUGGUCUUCUUUCACAUCGACACCCGGCAGUCCCUGCUUCAUCGGCCAGAGCAUCCGCACCCUCCAUAUCUGCGAGUCGGGUCGUGACCUCUUGACAGCUGCUCUCCCGGCCCUUUCGACAAUGACGGAGCUCACGGAGCUCAGGAUCAAACUCACUGACGUGAGCGCGGGAUCUGACUUUGACGCGUAUGCGUACGAUCGCUGGGACACAUCAUACAUCCAUACCUUUGCGCGACUAAAGCAUCUGUGGAUUGAUGCCUUGACCGUGCACACGAUGGCAAGCAUGGUCAAAGCGAUCGACGCCCCCCACGUUGAGAUCAUGGAACUCUCCUGCUUGUGUACGCCGAUUGCAGGCCACGACACCCGUAUAGGAGAGUCGCUCCAUACGGCCUUUGAUCUAUUGCGUCGCCGAAAUGCAGCGUCCAUCUGGAAACUCCACCUUUCGUUCCGUCACCUCGACUUACCUCUGCUUCCCACUGCCGGGCUUGCGGUUAACGCACCAUUCCCCUCCUUGACAAGUCCAUUACUCGAGCUUCGUCGCCUCCGUGCCAUUGAGAUAUCCCAAGAACGGAGGGAUCAUCUGGAGGUGUCCCUGAACGCCCCUGCUAUCGUAUCAGCUUGGCCGACGUUGCGGACCCUCUCCCUCCUAGGACAGUAUGCGACCCCCAGGUUUCUCCAAGCGGUCGCACGUACAUGCUCUCAUAUCGAGAGUCUGACGGUCUUCACAUUAACGUGGGACUUUCUCGAUCCCGCGAAGCUCGCUGCUAGCCAUUUCUAUUGCGUAGACCCUGCUGGUACCGGCUUGAACACAGGCGCGUCUGCGCUCCGCUGCCUACGCAUCGACGGUACCUUCAAAGUUCGGGAGUCUGGUCCCAUCCGAGCAAUCGCUUCCUUUCUGGACUCGCUCUUUCCAAGGCUUGACAUAGAUAGGUGUGUGGCGCCGAGGGAUGAUGGUAAGUCCGAAGACCCAGGGAGCUGGCCUGACAUCAUGGGGGAAGUGGCCAAGUUGCAGCUCGCACGACAGCGGAACAUGAGGUGCUCGUGAAGAAGGAAGAUGCUGAAUGCGCCAUGCCGCAUUUACAUCUGGUGUUAUCGAUGUACGACAAACAUUUGGUAGAUCCAAAAGACUGUACUAUACAAGGUCGAUGGUUGAUUAUACAGCGAUCCACGCACGCAGAAACCUUCGACUGUACAUCCGAUGGUUCUGCCAACUCUCGGCUUCAGCCCAACCUGACGCCGCAAAGAAUACAAUUCCCAUCGACGGCCCGGGAGUUCCAGCCAGACCCUUGAUGAGCCCCAAUACGAGUUAUCGAAGGGACCGAAGGAGAUGAUUGUAUGAGUGCAGACAACAUUGGUCCCUAG